CGAAGAGGCUUAAACAGUGUCCCAUUCUAUUUUUUCUCUCCGCCAAAGUAUAUUCAAUGGCAUUCCAGACACCUACGUCGCACUUGCUGCGCCGGUGCUCACUUUUUUGCUCAUGUCUCUCACGUUCCAUUGUCUUGACAUCUCUAACUGGCGAUGGCUCGAUAAAUAUCGCAUCCACGAGUCCGAGGAAGUCAAAUCCAAAAACUUGGUAACGCCUUGGGAGGUCGCACGCGCCGCCAUAUUCCAGAAUUCGCCAGAGGUCUCGGUUGCGCGGUGUCAAAGCGAGAUGGAUGGCUUGGGAAGAACGCUGGUCUUGGUCGUGCGACGGCUCUUUGGUAAGGAGAUGGGAAUAAAAAUAUUGGAGCUGCGGGGCCCUGAGAUGACCCAUUGGUUGUACUGGUGGGGAAUCCCAGCUGCACAGAUCUUGUUCGCGAUGUUUGUCCUCGACACUUGGCAAUACUUCCUCCACCGCUUGAUGCACACAAACCAAUAUCUCUACAGAAAGAUCCACUCAGUGCACCACAAACUUUACGUUCCUUAUGCCUUCGGGGCAUUUUACAGCCAUCCUUUCGAAAGCCUUUUGCUAGACACCCUAGGCAUAGCCGUUGCAGGGCGAGUCGCCUGUCUUUCUAUACGACAGGCCAUUUUCCUCUUCACGUACAGCACAGGCAAGAGUUUCCCAUUUGGUCCCUUCCAAUUGAUCAGCGGAAAUAAUUCAGACUAUCAUGACAUACACCAUCAGGCCGUCGGGAUCAAGUCAAAUUUCUCACAGCCUUUCUUCGUCCAUUGGGAUGUGCUCCUCGGUACGCGCAUGACCAGAGAAGAUAUUAAAGAACGUAGACUGAAAGUAAAGACGACGUAAUGUCUUGAACCCAAUUAUGGCAUAUAGAGAUCUGAAGUUUGGUUUUCGCCCGUGUUAUAUCAACAAGUACUAUAAUUUUAAUGAAUGAUGUUCUAACUUACGAAUUCUUGAUUAUGGCCUCCGUUCACACGAAAUGACGAAUUGUAUUACAUUCACAAGAGCCGACUU